AGGUCAAAAUAAAAAGCAUUUACGAACUUUUACGUGAAGAAAGAUAUCAAAAUGGUUGACUACAGCAAAUGGAAGAACAUUGAGAUUUCGGAUGAUGAGGACGACACGCACCCGAACAUUGAUACCCCUUCCCUGUUCCGCUGGCGGCACCAGGCUCGUGUAGAGCGCAUGGAGGAAAUGGACAAGGAAAAGGAGGCGAUGAAGAAGAAACGACAGAGCAUCCAGGCUCGCCUCCUGGGUGUCAAAGAGCGCAUCAGCAAAAAAGAUGGCGAUGAAGCCGCUCUCAAGAAAGAGCUGGAAAAGAUCGAGAACGAGGGCAAGGAACUGGAUCGCGUGGAAAACGACAUGCUGAAGAAGGAGAAGAAAACGCCAUGGAAUGUAGACACAAUCAGCAAGCCGGGUUUCGAGAAGACCGUGAUCAAUAAGAAGGCUGGUCGCAAGCCAGACGAGAACCUAUCCGAGGAGCAGCGCGAGCAGCGCAUGAAGCAGUUCGUCAAGGAGAACGAGAAGCUGUGCAAACAAUACGGAAUGCUGCGCAAAUACGACGACUCCAAGCGCUUCCUUCAAGAGCAUCUGCAGUUGGUCUGCGAUGAGACAGCCAACUAUCUGGUGAUUUGGUCCAUCAACCUGGAGAUGGAGGAGAAGCACGACCUGAUGGCUCAUGUGGCACAUCAGUGCAUCUGCAUGCAGUACAUCCUCGAGCUGGCCAAGCAGCUGGAUGUGGAUCCGCGGGCCUGCGUCAGCUCGUUCUUUUCAAAGAUCCAGUCCUGUCUGCCUGAGUACCGCCAACAGUUCGAGAGCGAGAUCAAGGGAUUCAAGGAACGCAUCCAAAAACGAGCACAGGAAAAGAUUCAGGAGGCCUUGGCCCAGGCAGAGGAAGAGGAACGUCAAGAGCGCAUGGGCCCCGGGGGCUUGGACCCAGCCGAUGUCUUUGAAUCCCUGCCCGACGAGCUGAAGGCCUGCUUCGAGUCGCGUGACAUAGAGCUGUUGCAAAAGACCAUUGCCGCAAUGCCAGUGGAUGUGGCCAAGCAUCAUAUGAAGCGAUGCGUCGAUUCGGGUCUAUGGGUGCCAAACGCUGCAGAUAUGCAGCAAGCCGAUGAAGCAGAGGGUGCUGCUACAGCUGAUGAAGGCGGUGCCAGCGUGGAAAAAACCGACGAUGCCAAGUCGGAAAGUGCCAAGGAGGAGCCCAUAUACACUGGCGUCAGCACCGAAGAUGUUGACUGAUUGCCUGCGGCGAAUCUUUGCCUGUCCCUUCUUCACUAUAAGUCUAAUCUUAAUGUCCUGUCCCCCGCACACACACAUAUAUAAUACCCAAAUUCAUUCAUCCAAAGCCUUUCUAAGUUGAGUUUUUGUAUAUAAUUUGAAUAAAGUCAACUAAAUUCUCAGUA